UAUGUAGUGGACCACGCACUUUAUGAAAGCACUCAAACAUGUCACUGUUUUGAGGAAGAAAGCAAGAAGCAUUAUGAGAACUUGUCUAGAAGACCGAUAACCAUUUCAAGUCAAUUUACUUUUACUACAAAAAAUAUUAUCACUGGACAAUAUACUUCACUUGCUGCAUCUAUUUCCUUACUCUUUUUGAGAUUGACCGAGUUUACUGCAAACUACAUCCAUUUCCUUUUACCUUUCUCAUUUUCCUCUGAUCUUGAGAAACAUGGCUGCAGCACUUGUGGGUGGAGCUGUUCUGUCUUCCAUUUUUAAUGUUGUUUUUGACAGGAUGUCCUCACCUGAAGUUGCCAACUGGAUCAAAGGGAAGAAGCUUACCCAGAAGCUGCUUGAAAGGUUGAAGAUUACUCUUUAUUCUGUUCAAGCCUUUCUCAUUGAUGCUGAGCAGAAGCAGAUCAAGGAGAGAGCUGUCAAGGACUGGCUCGAUAGUCUCAAAGAUUCUAUGUAUGUUGCUGAUGACUUGCUGGAUGAAGUCUUCACCAAAGCUGCCACUCAGAGGGACCCAGGUACCUUCUUCUCUCGUUAUCUCAAUUUGCAAGAUAGGGAGAUAGCAAACAGGAUGGAAGAAAUAAUUGAGAGGAUAGAGUCCAUUGUGAAGCAAAAAGAGACUCUUGGUCUUAGAGAGAUUCCUAAGGAGAACAUGUCAUGGAGGAUCACAACAUCUCUAGUUGAAAGAUCCAGUAUAUAUGGCAGGGAAGAAGACAAGGAGGCCAUAGUGAAAUUGUUGUUGGAUGAUGAUGACACUGGUGAUGGUGAUAUAUCUGUGAUUCCCAUUGUGGGCAUGGGCGGAAUAGGAAAGACUACUUUGGCCCAAUUGGUUUACAAUGACGAAAAAGUGAAGGAGAAUUUUGAUUUUCGAGGUUGGGUUUGUGUUUCUGAAGAGUUUGAUGUUAUUAAGGUCACGAAGACUAUAAUUGAGGCAAUAACUUCGAGUUCUUGUAAUUUGAAAGAUUUGAAUUUACUUCAACAUGAUUUAAAGGAAAGAUUGUCAAGACAAAAAUUCUUUGUUGUCUUGGAUGACGCAUGGAAUGAGGAUUAUGAAGAUUGGAGUAGGCUUCUAAAACCAUUUCAGAAUGGGGCGAAGGGGAGUAAAAUUCUCAUAACCACUAGAAGUAAAAAAGUGGCUUCUGUGGUGCAAACUAUUUCACCUUAUGAACUAAGUUUACUGUCGGAUGAAGAUUGUUGGUUAGUGUUUUCAAAACAUGCACGCCUUUCCACUGACUCUAUGGAAAAUCCAACUCUGAAAAAAGUCGGCAAAGAUAUUGUAAAGAAGUGUGAUGGAUUGCCCUUGGCAGCUCAAGCCCUCGGAGGCUUAUUGCGUGGAAAUUUUGAUGUCGAGUAUUGGAAUCAUAUAUUGAAGAGUGAGGUAUGGAAAUUCUCCAAUGACAAGAUAAAAGUUGUUCCGGCUUUAAGAAUCAGUUAUUACUAUCUUCCUUCAUGUCUGAAAGAGUGCUUUGUUUAUUGCUCGUUGUAUCCAAAGGAUUAUGAAUUUGAUAAACAUGAGCUCAUCUUGUUGUGGAUGGCUGAGAAUUUUUUACAACCAGUUGGGAGAAACACUUUAGAAGAAGUUGGUGAAGAAUAUUUCGAUGAAUUAGUUGCGCGAUCAUUUUUGCAACCUCAUAGUACUGAGAAAAAUAAAUUUGUGAUGCAUGAUCUCGUACAUGAUUUGGCAAUAAUGUUUGCUGGAGAAUUCUAUUUUAGAGCAGAAGAGCUUCAGAAUGCAGCUGAGGUUGAUAUUAAAACUCGUCAUUUGUCCCAUAAUGCUAAAGGCAAUUAUCCAAUCUCAAAACUGUUGGGAGUUUGUGACAGAUUAAAACAUACAAGGACAUUUCUUGCAAUCAAUUUGAACGAGUGGAUCCCAUUUAACAUGGAAAACGCACCUUGUAUCUUGCUGUCGCAUUUGAAGUACCUGAGAGCCUUGUCGUUCAAUAGCUUUCCUCUUGAGUCAGUACCUGAUUCAAUUGGUGAGUUGAUUCAUUUGCGUUACUUGGAUCUAUCCGAGACCCACAUUGUGACAUUGCCGGAGUCAUUGGGUAACCUCUACAAUUUGCAGACCUUGAAGUUGUAUAGGUGUACAAAUCUGAAAAUGCUACCUGUUGGCAUGAAAGACCUUGUCAAUUUGCGCCAUCUUGAUAUUAGAGGGACUUGGUCAUUGCAAGAGAUGCCAAAAGGCAUGAGCAACUUGAAAAAUUUGCAGUUUUUAAGCGACUAUGUUGUUGGGAAGCGUGAAGAGGACAAGAUCACAGAAUUGGGAGCACUAGCGGAUCUACACAGAUCAAUUUCCAUUGGCAAAUUGGAGAAUGUGUUGAACAGCAGUGAAGCUUUGGAGGCAAGAAUGUCCGAUAAGGAUGGCAUUGAUUCUAUAACGUUAAGUUGGUCUUCGAAUGAAGAGGAGAAUACAGUUGAUUCCCAAAUGGAAAGAGAUAUACUUGACAAGUUACGACCUCACACUAAUUUGAAAGGGUUAUUUAUCUAUGGUUACAGGGGUACAACAUUUCCAGAUUGGUUGGGACAUUCUUCCUACCGCAACAUCACCACAAUAAAACUGUAUGGUUGCAGGAAUUGUUGUAUGCUUCCUUCACUUGGACAAUUGCCCUCUUUGAAGCACCUUGAAAUUGGAUUUUUUGAAAGUCUGGGGAUUGUGGGUGCUGAGUUUUACUUUUACGAGAACGAUGAAUCUUGUGUGGAGACACCACCAUUUCAAAAGCUUGAAACUCUUUUGUUUAAGUCAAUGCCUUGCUGGAAGGAGUGGCGUUCAAUGGUGUUGAAUGCAUUUCCUCGACUUAGGGAGCUUACGAUAAGGAAGUGUCCGUCGUUGAGAGGAGAUUUGCCCAUUCAUCUAUCAUCUUUGCAAUCACUUCAGAUUCAGAAGUGCGAUGAGCUGAGUUGUUGUGUUCCAAGGGCUCCUGCGAUUACCAGGCUUUCAAUUUCAGGAAAGCAUCUAGUGGGGUCCGUGGUGGAGGCCAUUACCAACACGCAACUCACUUGCCUCACUUCUCUACGCAUCUCACACUGUUCCUCCCACAUAUGGUUUCCUGUGAGUGCUAUUCCCCCAUCACUACAGAAGUUGGAGAUAUUCAAUUGCAGAGAAUUAGAAUUCCAAAUGGAUGGCCAACACCACUCGCUUCAGAAACUAUACAUACGUAGCAUCUGUGAUUCAGUUGCAUCUUUCUCCUUGUUGGAUGCAUUUCCAAAUGUCAAGAAUGUUGAUAUCAAGUACUGUGGAAACAUGGAGUGUAUUGUGGUGUCACGCCCUCUUUCAUCUCUCCGUUAUUUAUGUAUCACGCAUUGUGGAAGUUUAAAAUCUGUGUCAACGCUAUGGAUGGCAGCACCUCAGCUUGAGACACUCUCAUUAGUAGCUUGCCCAGAGAUUGAUUUGUCUGAUACAGGGCAUCCACACCGUAGCCUGAGAUAUCUUUGCAUCAGCUACAGCGAGAAAGUGGUGAGCUCUGCAGCAUUCAUGAAUUCGCAAUUUCAUGGGCUUACUCAUCUUUCCAUUGAAGGUGGAUACAACGAGAGUGUGAGUGUGAAGUGCCUCCCAAAGGAAGGUUGGUUGCCUGCCUCCCUUGAGUCUCUCACACUGUUUCGCAUGAAAAGUGUGGAGACGUUGGAAUGCAAGGGACUUGCCCACCUCACCUCCCUCCAACAUUUAUAUAUUGAUGAAUGUCCCAAGUUGGAGAAUAUGGAGGGUGAAAAGCUGCCUGCCUCUCUAAAACAACUCAGCAUCUAUAAAAGCCCUUUGCUGGGCAAUCGAUGUGAGAAGAAGGAUCCACAGGUUUGGUCCAAAAUCUCCCACAUCCGCGCCAUUAAAGUUGAUAGCAGAUGGAUUUGGUAAUCCAACAACUUCACAGUUAAUGCUUUAUACAUUCUCAUACAGCAUAUCCAUGGAGCCAACAAUUUUGUCUCUUGUUCUAUUGAUAAGAUGAUAAAAUUUACCAUGGGGAAGUGUACGAUAUAAUGGGAAGUUCAAGGUCAUUGAGAAUGCCAAAUGGAAACUCUCCUGGAGACUGGAGAAUGGGAGUCUUACUGCAACUGCUUCCAAGGAAGUGGUUAGCAUGCCAUAAAGAAACCUGAUUUCAUGGUCACCAAGAUUUCCGUAUGAUCUUCUGAGUUUGAAUUACAAAUGUUCUUCACUCACUGAUUCUGGUGUAUAAUUUGUGCUCUAUGCUUUCCUUUGACUAAUACAUGUGUCAGUAAGUAAUGUGUGAUUAAGUGUAAGAUGGAAAGGGCUAACUUAGUUGUACCUGAUGAACAGAAUAUUCAAUAAUAGAUGUUUUUGUCCACAGUCCUAUUCCUUGAUGGCAAUGCCGAAGGGGAAUAGAGGCUGGCCCUUGACCAAGGCCUUGAUGGCUAUGCCGGAGAGUCCUUAGUUGAGGGGUUAAUUUGCUGGAAAAAAACAUAAGAUGGAAAAAUGUUGUAUAUUUUCAACUUAAGUUGUUCUUGUAUAUGGUUAACAAGAAUGAGCAAUCACUUCUUAUGGUGGUUUAAUUGCAGCAUAUUUUGCCAUGUUCUCUGUUCUCUUUUAUGCACUGGAACACUAGUAGGAAAUAACUGUAGGAUAGUUUGGUCCACAAGGCACCACAAGUAUGCUUCAUUGUACAUAUAAGUGAACAUGAUGAGACUUGAUUAUAUCAUG